ACCAAAUUUCUCAUUUCUCCUCUCUCUCUCUCUCUUUCUCUUUCAACUUCUCAGUCCAAACGCGAUGACCGUCGUAGCAACGGCUGCAGCUCUCUCGUUGCCGAUCUCAUUUUCUAAAUCUCCGAAGCUCAAUUACAAGAAGAGUGUGAAAGUUGGAUUUAGAGUGUUUGCUGUGUUUGGAGAGGAAGGGGCUACAGAGAUUAAGAGUGGUUGGCAGACGCUCUUUGACGUAGAAGAUCCAAGGACAAAAGUUCCUCAAUCUAAAGGGAAAUUCUUAGAUGCUAACCAAGCUCUGGAAGUGGCUAGAAAUGAUAUUCAAUACUGUGAUUGGCGAGCUCGGCAAGAUGUUCUUACAAUCAUGCACCUCCAUGAGAAGGUUGUGGAAGUCCUAAAUCCUCUAGCCCGGAACUACAAGUCUAUCGGAACAAUGAAAAAGGAGCUUGCUGAAUUACAGGGGGAAUUGGCAGAAGCUCACAAACAGGUUCAUAAAUCUGAAGCACGGGUUAGCACUGCCUUAGAUAAACUAGCUUAUAUGGAAGAAUUGGUGCAUGAUAGGCUGUUACAAGACAGAAACACAGCGGAAUUGGAUAGCCCAUCUACCUCGCCCGGUACCUCAACACAAUCUCAUGAUUCCAUAACUAGAAGAUCACCAAAGAAAAGCUUAAAUGUAUCAGGACCUGUCGAACCAUAUCAUCCCCGAUUGAAGAACUUCUGGUAUCCUGUUGCCUUCUCCAGUGAUCUGAGAGAUGACACAAUGAUCCCAUUUGAUUGUUUUGAAGAAUCAUGGGUUCUUUUCCGUGGAAAGGAUGGCAAUCCUGGAUGCAUACGAAACACAUGUGCCCAUAGGGCAUGCCCUCUUCACCUCGGUUCUGUCAACGAUGGUCGAGUCCAGUGUCCUUACCAUGGUUGGGAAUACUCAACGGAUGGCAAAUGUGAGAAAAUGCCAUCGACGCGACUACUAAACGUGAAAAUAAAAUCGUUGCCAUGCUUCGAGAAAGAAGGAAUGAUCUGGGUUUGGCCUGGUAAUGAUCCUCCAGCAGCUAAUCUUCCUUCACUCCAACCUCCUCCUGGUUUUCAAAUCCAUGCUGAGCUUGUCAUUGAAAUUCCAGUGGAGCAUGGAUUACUUCUAGAUAACCUUCUGGAUCUUGCUCAUGCACCUUUCACUCAUACUUCCACUUUUGCAAAAGGAUGGAGCGUACCCAGCUUGGUGAAAUUUUUGACCCCUGCAUCUGGUCUCCAAGGAUACUGGGACCCAUAUCCAAUCGACAUGGAGUUUCGACCACCUUGUAUGGUACUAUCAACCAUAGGGAUUUCCAAGCCAGGAAAACUAGAAGGCCAAACUACAAGGGAAUGCUCAACACAUCUUCAUCAACUUCAUGUGUGCUUACCUUCCACAAGACAGAAGACAAGACUACUCUAUAGAAUGUCACUGGAUUUCGCUCCCAUAUUGAAGCAUAUUCCUUUCAUGCACUAUCUCUGGAGACAUUUCGCAGAACAGGUAUUGAAUGAGGACUUGAGGCUUGUCAUUGGACAGCAAGAAAGAAUGCUAAACGGAGAAAACAUCUGGAACAUGCCAGUUUCUUAUGAUAAGCUAGGUGUAAGAUAUAGGCUAUGGAGAAAUGCAGUAGAGGAAGGAGCAAAACAACUACCCUUCAGCAAAUCAAAUUGAACAGUAUUCAAUCGUAAUUAACUUGAAACACUUCUUAGGACCCAUAAACAAGCCAAGCCCCCUUCAUUUUUAGAACUCAAAAUUGCAGAUGAAAGACCCAUGAGGCUGAGAUAAGGCCAACUUACCUCCUUUCAGCUUCCACUUUUCAUAAGAACAUUUACACUCAAACUCUACAGAAGCUGAAGAAGAAAAUCAUCUGAAAACAGAGAGAAGCCAGCUCUUGCCCCCUACAGAAUCCCCUUGUAAAUUAGAAACUGCUAUAUAAAUUUAAUCGGCUUUGUAAAAGUAUUCGAGUAUUCUUUGUUGUAAGCAUCUUCAAUGUUA